GGGGAACUACAGUAGCCUACGUGGUGCUUCUCCUCCACACGGAGCACACAUUAAACACCGCCUGGAUACUUUUUUUGAGGUGUCUUUAUCGUAAAACAAACAAAAGAAAAAGUGUAUCCUGUCCGAAAUGCCUUGUUUACACAAACGGCUGAAAAAAACCAAAUCCGAAGAGGAGGCUUUCCUGGAGAAGGCGAGAAGAAUUGCGCGAGAGAAUGGGAAACGGCUAGGAUUGGAGGGAGAUGCAGAUCUAAAUUUCCUGCUGGUCGGCGGGGAACUGAUCAAGAUCCGCUCGAGCUCCUGGAAGAGGAACCGCUUCUUCAAACUGCAGGAGGACUGCAAGACGCUGUGGUACGAGUCCCACAAAACGUUCAGGAAAAACCAGACGUGUAAGUGUCAGAAAGACGAGAAACACGACGAAGCACAAGCCUUGUUUUUUUAA